GCCUGUCAAUGCGGUAGUGACAGCGAAGGAACGCACUGACUGGCAAAGCAAUCUGGACUGGUCAAACCUGAGAUUGAAACUAACCUAAAACCCGGGCUGAAGGCGAUCGGAGGACAGCCCGAGGUCGAAGAACAGAAUGGGGAACGCAGAGAGUGGCUGUGGCGCUGGGAGCGGCGAUGAGGAAGAUGUAGAAACUGAGAGCCCGGUGUUCGCCGAUGGCAGCCCGGCCUCUGCGGCCACAGGAACCAGGGCUGGCAACGGAGGUGGCGGCGGCGGAGCAGGAGGCGGCGGCUCCGUUUCGGGAAGAAGCGGAAAAGGGUCGACGAACACGCCGACACCGAGCUAUGGACUGCCCACGCCCGAAGCUUUACUCGAGCAGGUGAAACUUAGAGAGGCGGCGGCCCGUAUGAGCGACUCGUGGGUCGCCAUUUCGGAGUCGGUGUUGGCGCGGAACGACAGCGCUCUGGUGCGGUGGCUGGAGGAGCGGCUGAGCCGCGGUGAGGAGUCCGUAACACUGGAGCAGUUCUGCGAAAUGCUGGAGAGCAGAGACGCGCCAAGAGAUGAGUGCGAGGAGGCCUUUGGUCAGUUCGAUGCUGAGGGUGAUGGGAUUGUUGAUGUGGAGAACAUGCUCAUGGUACUAAAGAACUCCAAUGGAGCCAAUCUGCAGGGAGAACUCAGUCAUGUGAUCAGACAGCUCCAGGCGUGCUCUCUGACACCAGGAUUUGUGGAUAUAUUCUCCAAGUCCAAAGAUCGUCUUAAAACACAUGCCUCCAAGAUCCUGAAGUUUUUGCACAGGAAUCGCAUCCCCAGCAGUUCCAUCCCAUUCCCUGUGCUGGAGGGCUACAACAGCAUCUGCACUAUGAGGUCAUCUGUAGUGCAAGACUUCCUGGAUUACUUACUGCAGAAAGAGAAAGAUCUAGACAUCCAAUAUAGAUCUGAAUUAAAUCAUGACCCGGACGUGGAUAAGGUCAAAGUUGUCAGCCAGUGUUACAGCUCUAUUGAGGCUUCGUCUAACAGUGCUGACAUCCACAAAAUGACCAAUGGAGAGACUGUGUCUUUCUGGCAGUCAGACGGCAGCGCUCGCUCACACUGGAUAAGGUUAAAAAUGAAGCCAGAUAUAGUUUUGAGACGUCUGGCCAUUGCGGUUGCAUCAAAUGACCACAGCUACAUGCCUCAGUUGGUGUCUAUAGCUGUGGGGAAGAACCGUCGGUCCCUGCAGGAGAUCAGGGACGUGAGGAUUCCUAGUAAUGUCACGGGAUACGUACCGCUGCUGGACAAUGCCAACAUCACCCAUCCCUAUAUUCAGAUAAACAUUAAGCGUUGCCUGAGCGAUGGAUGUGACACGCGUAUUCACGGUCUGAAGACAAUGGGCUACCAGAUCACCAAGAGCAAAGAGGUUUCGGUAUCCGACGCCUCGGCUAUAUGGUAUCUGUCACUCCUCACAUCUCUGGUCACUGCGUCCAUGGAAACAAACCCGGUGCUUGCGCAGACCGUCUUACAGAGCACACAGAAAGCCUUACAGCACAUGCCCCCUCUCUCCUUAACACCGUCUUCAACAGAGUUCCCUAAAUUUUUCUCUGCAAACAUUCUAGAAGAGGUGGAUGGAUUUUUACUGCGCAUAGCAGACUGCUGUGUGUCUCCUGAUGCUGAGCUGACUCUACUCGCGUUUGCUUUGGCUCGUGGCAGCGUUGCUAAAGUCCUCAUCUCUCUGUCUGGUAUCUGUGAGCAUCUGGACUCAGAAUACAAAGCUUCCCCACUGCUGGCCUCCAUGGCCUCGGUUCGACUCAGACUGCUCUACCGGAACGGUAAACCCCUCCAGCUCCAUUUGCAGGCAUGUGAUGUCAAAAGUAAAGAGGAGAAGUCUGGGCCAGAAAACAUUCUGACAACAGAGACAAACACUGGAGAUGGUUUCCUGACAGAGAACGGAAAGAGGAAAGCCAGUGUGAUUUUGUCCACCGAAAACCAGAGCUGCUUUCAGGUCACACAGAUCAAGAUGAAGGUGCGUAAAGGAGCGAUCGGUGCUAAAUGCGGACUGGUGUUUGCUUACAAUGACAGUGAGGCCUUUGAUGCUGAUAAACACUUCAAAAGAUUCAAAAAGUACGACAGCUGGGACUACAAAGACUACAAAGAAUUUGUCCAAGACAACACAAGGACAUCGGAGACGAGUGAAGAUGAUCCGAUUGGUUGGUUUGAGCUGGAGGAGGACUGGAAUGAUGUGGAGAUCAAGCUACAGCAAUGUCGAGUAUCAAAAUUCCUGAUGGUGAAGUUCCUGUGUGCUAGGCAGGACACAGCAGAGCGGUUGGGAGUUCAACAGAUGAGCUUUAGCGGCUAUUUGUGUCCAGACUCUGAGCGACUGGAGGACGUCGAGGAUCUGAACACUCAGACUGAGGAAAACACAUCAGGCCUGGUCACGGGUCUCACACUCAUGAAGAGAACCCUUUAUUUCAUCCAGCAGCUCACCAGAGACAUGGAAUCGUCUUUGUCCAAGCAGAAAUCCCUGCUGGACUUUAGUGACCUCAACCUGCUCCUGUUCUGGGAUUUUUACAGCAAACUCAGAUCUGUUAAGGGAGAGGAAGCGGUGAAGACUCGGGUUCUUCUGCUUCAGCUGUUUCAGAACUGCUUCCCAAUGAUGCCCAACCUGACCGUGUCUCAGCUGUCAGAUACAACAGCUUCUGCCACACCCUCAGCCAGCACAGAUGUGAGCCCUGCAGAAGCUGUCGGGGAGCUUUACGAUCACUUGUGUCAAGUGGUGGAUGGACCUGAAGGAGAGACUGCGGUGGAGAAAGUUUUGAGAAAAGAAACCGUAAAGGCCAUUCUCAAUGGAGCUGCUAUCUUCUAUCCUAACAAGCAGUGCAGGAGAGACAAACUCUUUCAUAUGAUGAAAAACAUAACGGCGGAAAAUCAGCCCGAGUCUGUGAGACUUACGUUCGAGUCACUCUGCAAUUACUUCAGCGAUCACGACCCAAAAGGACUCCUUUUGCUGCCCCCUAAAGGAGCCCCUGAUGACUUUGAUGUCUCACCAAUCCUGACCGUCAUGGACACUAUGCUCAUAGUGGCCACUAGAGAGUGUGAAGUGUUGAUGUUGGGGUCCAGCAGAGGGUCCAUUUGGAGGGUCUUGCUGUCACUUUUCUGGGCUCUCCAGGGCAGCCUGCUGUCCUGGUGCUUCUUACAGAUCAAAGGAGGAUCAAACACCUCUAUUGAACUGGCCCGGGAAGUCCUGCUCAAAUAUGUGGAGCAGUUCCUGGAAGGUACGAGAGAUUUACUGGCCUCUCUUAUUAAGCGCUUCUCUGGAGCUGAUAUCAUGGAGAAACUCAGUGGAUCCAUCAUCGCCAUGGCAACCAGACAGCUGACAAUCUUUCUGCUGGAGCUGUGUGCUCUGGAUAUUCCUCAUUGUGUUCUGCUGAAGAGGUUUCACCCUCUGGCAGACCUACUGAAGAAACUGUCCAAUGACAAGGAUGACAUCUUCUCUAAGGUUGAUAUGGAGGGCUGUCAGCAGACUCAACAGCCUGUGAUAUUGAGGACGUGGCACAUGGAGUCCCCUCAUAACUAUGAGAACAGCAGACAUGAGACCACCGUCUUCGUCUGUCCUGGAGCCACUUCCUUCGAGGUGGAGUUUGAUGAUCGCUGUGAAACGGAGAAAAGAUACGACUAUCUGGAGUUUACUGAUGCUAGAGGAGGGAAAGUAAGAUACGACAUGAAGGUUGGCACAGAGAAAUGGCCAAAGAAAGUGACGUUUAAAGCGGGUCCCCAGCUGCAGUUUUUAUUUCACUCAGACAGCAGUAACAAUGAGUGGGGUUACAAGUUUACCGUGACCGCGUACGGUCUGCCGGACAUCACCGUGUCUUGGACCUCUGACCUGCAGCUGCUUGUUUCCAGACUGAUGGGUCGUCUGGCCUCCCGCACCCUGGCUUUGAAAUCACCUUAUGAGAUACGCGGUGUGAAGGAGUUGCCUGCAGGCUUGAUGAACCAUGUGCUGUCUUCUCCCCUAUGGAAGCCUCUCUUCAGACAUGGACUCAGUCAGUUUCCUGAGGACAAAGCAGCAGCCAGCAAAGACACUGGCCAGGAAGAGUCAUCCCCUUCAGGAGAUGAAUUGAAGGAGUUCUUGAUGGAGUUCGCCCGUUGGGAUCCUUCCCAGAAUCCAUCCGAUGACAGGACGGAGGUCAUGAGAGCCCUUAUGAUGACCUGCAAGAAACAGCCAAUCAGAAACGAGAUUGCUGCAGGACCAAAAGUGGAUCAUGCUGUGAAUGCCACCUGGGCGGCCAUGGUGUAUCACACACCUGCACUUCACAAUAGUCUUAAGAACUUUGUUUGUAAAAAUGGUCAGACCAGCAUCAGUGAGGACGUCAUGCAGGUCUACUCCCUCGCAGAUAGCAUCCGAACUUGGAUGUUGGAGAUGAAACAGCGCUACCUUGUGGGUAAAAUGAAUGAACCAGAGGAAAAAGAGGAAGGCCAGAAUGAGGUUACGAUCGAGUCUCUUGCUGAGAUUUGCAUCAGUAGAAGUUUGUUCCUCUUUAGAUUCAGCCCAAAUUGUGGAAACUCUCUUCCUGACCAAGAACCCUCCAGACCAGAAGAGGGCGCUUGUGCUGGUCCUCUUCUACGGUCAGUUUCCAUAUCAGAAGGAGACUUCCAGCACAGUACCUCCCCCUCCAUCUCCCAGAUCCCUGAGUUUCCAGGAGCAGUAACGCCUAUGGGGACAACUCCGCUUGCACAGGUCCAGAUGUUAUCUGCAUCACGAGACGCCGGGGCUUCCAGCAUUGUCAGGACACAGGGGGCAACAGGCUCAUCAGAAAGCCUUCAGUCUCAAACAGGAGAGCCCACUUCUCCGUCAGUCUUCCCACGUAAAGCACCUUUCAGUCGUGGACGCCUAAGGCUUCUUUCCUUGCGAUCUAUGGAAGAGCCUCGCAUGAUACUGCCAGUUAAAGAGCGCUUCCCUAUUGUCAAACACAUCCUCAACUUUAUGAAGGACAUGGUCAUCAGUGAGAGCAGCGUUCUUCAUACUCUGGCCCUGAAGAAAGCCCAGGCCCUGAGCGUGUGUGAGGUUUUGGAGAUCGUGCAGCAGAGCAUUCUCACCUUGGGGAAACCACACCUCUUCCAGGCACCCUGUAUCCUGUUUCUGCAGGAACUCUUGGCAUGUCAGAAAGAUUUCACCAAUUACUUCUCUCAAUUGGCGGGCAGUGGGAAGGAGAUGAGGGAGCUGGUCAGACACUCGUAUCAUCUGUUAGUGCUCAUGCUGGUGGAGGCGGUGCAGGGCUUCAAUGCAUUGAAUGAGAAGGUCCUGCUGCCUGCCCUGUCAUGUGUGCAGACAUGCUUGCUGCAUUUACUAGAUAUAAGUUGGGAAGCAGAAGACCUGUCAUUGUUUCUGGACAUUAAACUGCCUGAUCUUCUCCUCACCAUGUCUCAGGAAAACAUCAGUGUACAUGACAUUGCCAUCAGUAGUCAGUGGACAGAGGAGGAUGAGAUCGCAGACUACGAGAGGAACUGUGAAUGGAUGGACGAGUGUUUGGAUGGCAUGUUUGAGAAAUGGUUUGAUAAGAUCGGCCAGGCCUCACUGGAGGAAAAAAGAAAGAUGCACAUGUUCAUUGCACGCUACUGCGACCUGCUGAAUGUGGAGAUCUCAUGUGACGGAUGUGAGCGGAUUGCACCAUGGCAUCGCUACAGGUGCCUGCAGUGUACAGAUAUGGACCUGUGCAAGACCUGCUUUCUCAGUGGUGCUAAACCUGAAGGUCAUGAGGACGACCAUGAGAUGGUGAACAUGGAGUAUGCCUGUGACCAUUGCCAGGGCCUUAUCGUGGGCAGCAGGAUCAAUUGUAAUGUCUGUGAAGACUUCGACCUCUGCUUUGGCUGUUACAACGCUAAAAAGUACCCCGAUAGCCAUCUGCCCACCCAUCGCAUCACUGUCUACCCUAUGGUGACCAUCCGCAUCAGUGACCGCCACAGGCUGAUCCAGCCCUACAUACACAACUACUCCUGGCUUCUGUUUGCCGCGCUUGCCCUGUUCACCUCCGAGCUGGUUAGCGAAAGAGAGCUGGAUGGAGAGCCUCUGGAUGAUGUCACUAUGGGUUACGCCGGCGCUCUGCAGACCCGCUGCUCUGACCUCAUCAAUGCAUGCCUGCUGAAGGGACAGACUGGGAAAGGUCUGCGAGCCUCAGCCUUGCUGUCCCUGCUUUCGUCGAAUGAAUCGGUCACAGAGAGUGAACCGUGUGCCCAAACGCCCGAAACCUCUCAGGAUACCAGUAGCAUAGAUGCCUCCUCUCUUCCCAGCAGCACCACAGCCAUCUGCUCACCACCGCCACCUACAGACAGAAAACCGAAAAAGCAGGAUGUGGGUGAAGAGGGUGAGGAAAAAGAAGAGAAGAGGAGAAGAAAUCUGGUCUCUCAGGAUACAUCAGACUCAUCCAGUGCGAGUCAGACACCCUCUGUGUCCAGUGAGGAAACACUGUCACCUGGAGUUGGAGUCUCAGUUUUCGAAUCAAGUGGAGACACUAUCACAUCUCCUACUUCAGAGAACAUAGAGGCAUUUAAAGACCAGGAGAAGACAGCCAGAGGGCCUCUACAGGAACAUGUGUUUGCCGAAUGCUCCAGAGAGAGAAUUCUUGGAUUGUUGGCAGCCAUGUUGCCGGCCGCCAAACCAGGCAGCACACUAUCUUUGUCCAGUCUGAGUCCUAUUUUGCCAUUGCUGUUUCGAGUGGUCAUCUCAAAUGCUGGUUGUCUGAAUGAAACAUACCAUCUGACUCUGGGGCUUCUGGGGCAGCUUCUGCUGAGGAUCUCGCCAUCCGAGGCUGAUGCAGCUGUGGUUGAGGCAUUGACCGACAAAUUUGAGCUGCUUUCCCUGGCAGAUGCAGCAGCCCUUAAAGUUCAGGGCUGGAAGACCACUCAGUUGCUCUUCAGUCUGGGUGCAGUGUGUCUGGACAGCCGUAUUGGUUUGGACUGGGCAUGCUCUGUGGCAGAAAUCUUGCGUAACCUGAACAUUUGCCCUCAGUGGUGUGCGGUUGUGGCAGCUUUUACUGAUCACUGCAUCCAGCAGUUACCAAGGCAACUAAAAAGAACCAAUCUCUUCACGCUGCUGGUUCUCGUGGGCUUUCCUGAGGUGCUGUGUAUGGGGACUCAGGCUGUGUUUAUCGAUAACGCCAAUGAAAAACAUAACAUGAUUCUGCUCAAACACUUCACUGAGAAAAACAGAGCUGCUGUGGUGGAUGUGAAGACUCGGAAAAGGAGAACAGUGAAAGAUUACCAGUUAGUCCAGGCACACGACUGCAACAGCGGCAGUGACGUAGAGUCUCAAGCUGUGUCCCCGACCUCGGCCCACCUGAGGCAAUACCUGAAAAACUUCAUCUCCGUCGUGAGUCACCUGCUGCAGGCGGGAAUGGAGAGCAGUGCCCAAGAUGCUGUGGAGGCAACCUGGGUGCUUUCUCUUGCUCUUAAAGGACUUUACAAUACACUUAAGAAGCACGGUGUGGAUCAAGCCCAGGAGGCCAUCCAAGGCUCCGGCCUAAUGCAGCUCCUGGUCCGUAAGUGUAGCAAGGGCACAGGCUUCAGCAAAAUGUGGCUCCUGCGAGACCUGGAGAUCCUCUCCAUCAUGCUUUACUCAUCCAAGCGUGAGAUCCACUCCAUGGCAGAGGACGGAGACACGGAGACGGAUGAAGAAAAGGAGAAAGAGAAAGAGCACGACUCCGAUCACUCCAGCUGCUGCGCAGAUGAUUCGGAUCCAAACAGGCCAGAUCCGCUGGAAGGGCUGGAUGAAGAGACAAAGAUCUGUUUCCAGAUUACCCAUGAUGCUCUUAACGCCCCACUUCACAUCUUAAGAGCCAUGUAUGAGCUUCAGAUGAAGAGGACAGACUCUUUCUUUCUUGAAGUCCAGAAGAGGUUUGACGGUGACGCUAUAAAAACCGACGAGACGAUUCGUACGCUGGCCCAGAAGUGGCAACCAUCUAAAAGACCUCGUUCUGAAGAAAGAAGCACCAAGGCGGUCGACACAGAUAUAAUCAUCGUGCCAUGUGUGUCCAAACCCACCAGGUGUGACCAGGCCACAGAAGAAACAAACGUCGUCACGCAGAAGCUCAUCACCAACACUGAGAGCGACCUACAGCUGAGUUACGCCAAGCAGCGUCGCACUAAGAGCUCGGCUCUGUUGCACAAAGAGCUGGACGCUCGCAGCAACAAGGCAGUCCGGCAGUACCUCUUUAAGGUGAACGAAGCCAUCGCCAUCCUGUACGCACGGCACGUGUUGGCAACACUGCUGGCCGACUGGCCCGCCGAUACUCCAAUCAGGGAGGAAGACCUGGAGCUGACCGGUGCUUCACACAUGGCAUACAUCCUUGACAUGCUGAUGCAGUUGGAGGAAAGACCAAUGUGGGAGAAAAUCUUGCAAAAGGUCCUGAGGGGCUGCAGCCAGAGCAUGCUGGGUAAUCUGUCACUCACAGCGUGUCAGUUUAUGGAGGAGCCCGGGAUGGCAGUUCAGGUCCGGGAAUCCAAGCACCCCUAUGACAACAACACAAACUUUGGGGAUAAGGUGCACAUACCCGGGGCGAUCUACCUGUCCGUGAAGUUUGAUUCGCGCUGUCACACAGAGGAAGGAUGUGAUGAGCUCUUAAUGUCCAGUACCAGUGACUUUCUGCAAGAUUUGCACACUUUUAGCGGUUCUCAUCAGAAAUGGACUGACUUUGAGAUUCCAGGGGACACACUUUACUACAAGUUUAUAUCAGAUAUGAGUAACACAGAAUGGGGCUACAAAUUCACUGUGACUGGUGGGCAUCGAGGGCGCUUCCAGACCGGUUUUGAGAUCUUGAAGCAGAUGCUUGCUGAUGAGCAAGCCCUUACUCACCUACCACUGACGGACAUUUGGGAGUGGCAGGUGGGCGUGGCCUGUCGGCAAACAGGAAACCAGAGGCUGAAAGCCGUUCACCUGCUACUGCGGCUUCUACAGUGUCCGUCUCAAUGGGGUUGCGACCUUACUCUUCUGAGGCCUCUCUGGCAGCUCUUUACCACUAUGGAAGGUGGUUUGAGUCAGGACCCCACCAGCAUCACGGUUCUCCUUCCCCUUCAUCGAGCUCUCACAGAGCUCUUCUUCAUUGCUGAAGCCAAGGCUAUGGACCAGGGCAUUUUGCAGGAGUACCUACUUGCUCUCACUACAAAUGAACAACUGGUAGUGCAAACUGCACAGGCUCUGAAAAACAUAGCAGCCAUCAGCCUGGCCAUUAAUUACCCGAAUAAAUCCACUAAGCUGCUCAACAUGUCCCCCUGAAAGAGGGAUGAAAGCGAGGGAGAUGAGAGGAGGAAAGCCUGCCAGAUGCCCACAGGACCAGUCUACUGCGGGCGAUAUCCACGUAUGGUCUUCCAGAAAAAAACAAAGCCCUUUGCCGUUUAAUCACUUGGUGGGGGGUAGAGUGAUGUCUCCUGAUGUAUUUUGGUACCAGUUACGGCUAUCACGGGACCCUUUAUGAAUCAUCUCGGCCAUAUAAUUAGAAAAGCCUUUAUUAUUGCUAACUUGGCUCAGUUGAGAAAGUAAGUAAGUAAGUUACAUGGUGGUCAACAAAAAGAAGGAUCUUUUUCUUUCAUUUAUUGUUUUUUUGUUGUACCUCAGCUUUAACAGUGAGAUCUAUUUGGUUAUCCGUGCCAAGGCGUUCUGCAUUUUUUUUUUAUCCCCACUCAUCCCUCGUCAUAUUUUCUUAAAAAGCCACAGAGGGUAAAACAAUCGAUCAAAGUAAAAGGAGGUCACCUUUUCCUGCGUCACACACCCUCCCUGGACACGCUGCCUAAAAAUACAAAGCUGCCAGUGCAGUGUCAUCCGUCAGAGUGGCCCGAAACCUCAAACCGCAGUGGGACAACUAUACUGCUCACUAUAUAUAAAAAUAUCUAACAAAUCUCACUGGGCUUAUUGUACCAGAGUAUAAUGAGCUGAUGUGAUCAUACCUGAAAACCAAACAUGUAAAGGUAUAGUUCACUUAAAAAUCUGCCAUCAUUUACUCAUCCCGUGUAACAAACAACCCGUGUCUUUCCGAACAACGAAAGCGGAUUGGGAUGAGGGACUGCUCUGGUCACCAUUCCUGGACAUUCUGCUUGAGAACGCAUUUUGUAUUGCAUGCACUGCAAAAAGGAGAGACAACUGGGUUUGAAGUUACAUGAGAAUGAGUUAACGACUACAUUUUUUGGGUUUGUUUGUUUUUUGCAAACUAUCACUGUAUGCAUGGUAGACGGAAGUACCUAAGAAAAAGUUUUAUGUGCCAUGGAAACAUAAGGCGCCAUUUGCCUUAAGCUUAAAUGAUCUUGCUAAUGAUUGUGGAUCAGUUAGGAAAUCAAAACGCGCCCAGACUAAACAGAGGGGGAAUGUAAGUGAUUAUUGUCCCCCAAAACACAUUUAUAAUGCAACACACCACCAUUUCCAUUGAUGGAGCAUCAUAUACAAAAUUACACUUUAUGUUGUGCUGAAUAAAACACAGAAUCACAGCAGUACCAUAAGUAACGCCGUUUAAAUGACCUGUUAACAUUUCUUUUUAGAUAUACUAUUAUAUUACAGCAUUUGGCCUGUUUGACAAAGAGACGGAAUUGACCUGAAAGAUGAUCAUUAUCAAACUACUUUGUGGUUAUGGAAAAAUGUAUACUGUAUUUAUUACUAUCACAGGAAUGUUACUGGGUAAAUCUUGAGUGAAAUGUAUGAUUGGCUUAUAGAGUGAGAUUUAUUUGUUGCCAUUUUGCUGGUCAGGGAAAGCUUCUUUUUGGUUAUAAUUGUUAUAUUAGUAUAUUUUAUAUAUAAUUAUCUUUUUGUUGCGCUGUAGCUUUUUUCUUUAUUUUAAAGGAAUGGUGUAAGUCAGGCAUGUGAUCAUUAUUUUUUAUUUCAUUUUGAUUUAGUUUUAGUGGGUGAAAGAGAACUGUAAUGGAUAUCUAUGCCAAAGAAUUAUUCGUGUUUAAAAGAAAAGCAUCUAACACAAAGAAAUUCGUAUUUAUCUUCCAAUAACAUUUGUAUUUUCUUGGGGAUCUUACUGUAUAUUGGGGUGGCUGGUGUUGGAAUAGAGAUAAAGCAGAAGGUUUUUCUGAAGAGAUGGAGUUCAGCUGCAGAUACAGAUCAUUUAGUCCUUAAGGUUUUUGUUUACACGUGUAGUAUGGAGCACAUACUACGGUUGUUCGGGUGGUUAUUCAAAAUGUCUGCCAGGAAGACUUCCUGUCUGUAUGAAGCCUCAGAUAUUAACAAACUAUGUGCCUAUGUUUAAAGUAAAGCAAUGCUAAUUUAAUCUUCAUAUCGUUGUAAAGGUCCUCUCCUUAAGUAUAUUUUUUAAAGAAAAGUAUAUAGUUUAAUUUCAAGCAUUUCUAUUUUAUUUUUAUGAAUGUCUGUUUUGGACUUCAUGACUUUAAUUGAUAUUGCUUUGAAUUUAAUUGAAUGUAUAUAGCUGUUAAUAUUGAUAAAUGCAUAAAUAAUUGAUAUGGGAAUAAUCUUUCAUAUCAGCCCAUCACUCUUUAAAAAAAAAAUGUAUAUUGUUGUAAGUUUCCGAUUUUGGAUUUAUUUGCUAUGUCAUGCAAAAGGAAACACAAAU